AUGGGACCUUCAAACGACGAUCUCGGCGCCGGAACAUGCGGACAGAAAAGUCGACUCGGCGCAGAUGAAAACCCCAUCAUUCAUCCCGUCAACCCGACCAGCGGUCACAAUAACCCUCCGCCGCCACCGGUUCCUGACGCAGAAGCACCCGUCACGACCGCCGCGUUUACCGCGGCCAUGCAAGCUUUUGCUGCUCAAUUUGCCGAGAUGCAAGCUCAGCAGCAAAAGUACAACGGCAAAAUCGAUUUCCUCCACAUCACCAGCGACGGACGAGUCAUCCCGACGGGACAAACCCUCUUCCAAACGCCGACAAGAAGCACCUCCGCAACAAGUUCUAAUGCCGCGACAAACGACACCAAGCUCUAA